UACAGAAUGCAACGCUGGCAUAGGAACCUUGUUAACAUUUUAUGCAUUGUUUUGAUUCUAAUGCUUGGGUGGAAGCUACAAUUCGCAACAAACAAAAGUUUUAAAUUAAACAACUAUUUUAAAACAUUUUAAAUGAGCGGCAAGCGAAGGUGCUGGACGCCCUCGGAAGAGGAUAGAUUUUUGCGCAUCUGGUACAGUAACCUGGGUGCAUUGCAUUGUGGAAAAAAACGAUCCGAAGUUUAUAGGGACUUGGAAGUCGAGUUCAUUAAUCAGGGAAUUGAUAUAUCGGCGGCACAUAUUAAGGCUAAAAUGGAAUCGUUUAAAAGGAAAUAUUGUCAUAUUAUAAGGGAAAACAAACCAAGGAAACAAUGGAAAAACUUUGACAAAAUGGUCGCUAUUAUGGAAUAUCAGGAAGAAAUGAAAGAAAUUCGGUUUGAGAGGCCAGAAGUAAGCUCCGAUAAAACUUUUAGUUCGGUCUAUGUCGACGAGGUGCCUCCAAUGCUUUUUAAUGAAGAAGAAUACUCCCAAACUGAAGACGACGACAUUAAGACAACCUCCUCAUCCACCAUGUCAACAGAUGGACCAUUUCCAAGAAGAGCAGAACAACGAUACAGUAGCGCACAUAAUGCCAAUGCUUCAGAAUCGAAUAUUUCCAACACAACUUUAGAAAAACCGAAGCAAAGACGUAGACAUUGGAUUCUGCAAGAAGAACAAGUAUUCCUGGAAGUGUGGCAAAAGUACGUUCGAGAUCUGCGAGGCGAUAGAAAAAAAUCGCAUGUAUAUAAGGACAUGGAAUUGGAGUUCCAUGGUCACGGAAUUGAAAUCAGAUAUUCUGAUGUCAAAGCAAAAAUUGAAUCGUUAACUCGUAAAUUCCGCAAAGAGAGAGAUAGCGUGGGCUCCGAUUCGGAGUGGAUUCAUUAUGCUAAAAUGGCCGAACUUUUGGGCGCAUUAGAAGCCACCCAGUUUGAUCAAUACUCGGAGAACAGUGAAAGUUCUAGUUAUUUUGAUGACUCUUCUAAUUGGUUCGAUGAGGGCAUGCCUAUCUAUCCCAAAACAUGCUUGAAAUAUGAACGUACUUCGCUUGAUUGCAUUGAGGACGAGCCCCCUUCCAAAAAAUGUAAAGAGUCUGAAUCGCAUACCAUCAGCACAGUAGAGCAUAAUGAUAAUGCUCUAGACGGAAGUAGGCUUAAAGAACCAGAAGACAUAGAAUUGGAGAUGCUGCAUGAUGACUUAAUAGAGCAGCCAAACGUUGGACAACAAAGUCCAAACCAAUCGACCUGCAAAUCACAACUAACCGAACAAUUUGGUAAAUUUGUUACCAAGGAGCUGAACAUGUUAAGCGACGAUCUGCUAAUAGAGGCAAAGAGAAGAAUCUACAAUAUUAUUUGUAUCAUGCAAAUGAAACAAAUUAAAUUGAAUAAACUAACGAACUGAAUGUAUUCAAACAUAAAAUCAAAUGCUGGCAUUAGCUAUUUAUUAAGCUAGCUUCAUGAGCGCUAAAUCUUAAAUUAUUCAUUUUAAAAGUAUUUUCAAAGACUAAAUUGUUGUAACUUGGAUAGAUAAAUUCGGAUCUUCAAAUUAUAUGCCUUCUUAGACUCGUUUUGGUUUAGACAUAUUCAAAUUUGAAGUUGCAUAUUUCAGAAUCAACCUUUUUUGCAGUAAUUGUAGUGUAACCCCUUGCCACCUGUCAAAUUAGUGUCAAAUUGUCAUUAGAAUCGAUAAAGUUAUAUAGCAAAAGUAAUAUUUUUUUUAUGUUUUUAUAAUGUAAUGUAUAAAUAUUUCAGAUCUAUUACUACUACUAUUUUAUAUUACUGCAGAAAUCGUACGCCAUAUAUUUUUUUUAAAUUUAUUUAUUUGAGUUUACGUAAAUUACAUGUCGAUAGUGAUAAUAAAAAAACAUAAUACGUCGUAAUCAUAAUAAUCAUCUUCAUAAGUGUUUGCUUAAGUAUUAAA